AUGGAGCAAUUGGAAACAAAGUUAGAGGCUGUGUAUGGGACCGAAAAAUCUAUAGAUUCGUUACAGAUGAAAAUAUCUACUUUGAGACAACGAGAAGGAGAAUCUGUAAGCAGCUAUGGUUCAAGGACUGAGAGAAUUACAGCGGAACUGGUGGACGAGUUAACGAAAACUAAUGAAACACUAGUUCAGGAACGAACAGUGGAAGAUGCCAUUAGACAACUGGCAAAGGCGAGUUUUGAGACUGGAUUGAAUGGACAAGUACAAGUUCUUGUAAGGGCUAGAGCCUUCAAAAUACUCCAUGAAUCAGUUAUUGGAGCUAUCGAUUUGGCGAAAACUCUAAAUUUGCAAUCAGGGAAGUCACAGAUUAUUGACGGAAGACGGUUGGAGCAAACAUGUUACAGGUGCAACCUAGCUGGUCAUUUUGCUAGAGACUGUCCCAGUCGCCAGGCUUCCACAAGGCUUCCUUGA